AACUGAUUUUAUUGUAAGAAUUAAAACUAAUUUAUUUAGGGAUCAUUUAUUUGCAAACAAAAGAGAAUGUAAACAACACCUAUCCCGCAGCAAGAUUUUUAAAGUCCUUGAUACUCGUGUGUAUAUUUACGCGUGGUAUUGACACUGCUCUUACUUUAUCUUAGAGAAGUCGGUGAAUGCCAGAGAUCCUCGCAGAUAACUUACGAUUAAAAACGUGUAUAAUUUUCAUUAUCUUUAACGAUGGUUUUAAACGUGAAGUCUGUUUUAAUCACUGGUAGUAGUCGCGGAAUAGGUCUUGAAUUCGUGAAGCAACUUUUAAGGUUACCCACGCCUCCUCGCUAUGUAUUUGCAACUUGUCGUAAUCCAGAAAAGGCCGAGGAUUUGCAGUCAUUAAAAAAGGAUAAUUCAAACCUACGUAUUGUUCCUUUAGAUAUCUGUAAUGAAGCUUCUAUAAUAAAAGCUAAAGAAGCAGUUGAAAAUGAAGUAGAAGACAAUGGGUUAAACUUAUUGAUUAACAAUGCUGGUUUGAAAUUGAGUGUUACUUUUGAAAAACUCAACUUUGAUUCUAUGAUGGAAGCCUUCAAAACCAAUGCUGUUGCUCCAAGUGUUUUGACUAGGAUAUUUUUCCCUUUACUGAAGGCAGCAGCUGCAAAGGAGAACCCUUCUACAAAUUUGUCUUGUAAUCGUGCUGCAGUUGUGAAUAUCAGUAGCAUAUUAGGAUCUGUUACUGCUACUCGAGAAAAAGCAUUUUUCUAUGAAUAUUCUUCUUCAAAGGCUGCUUUAAAUAUGAUUACCAAGGAUUUUGGAAUCCACUUAAAACCUCACAAUGUGCUUGCUGUGGCUCUUCACCCAGGAUGGGUACAAACUGAUAUGGGAGGUAAAACUGCUGCUUUGACCCCAGAAUCAAGUGUGAAACAAUCACUGAAUACUCUGUCAACAUUAAAUGAGAGCAAUGCUGGUUUUCUUAUUGACUACCAAGGAUCUGUCAUUCCUUAGUAAGGUUUGAAUAGAACUGCACAGAAUAGGAGUGGGCAAUAAUUUUCAUUAACAGGUUAGAUUUGCAUGUUUGGAAAAUCUAAUCUUAUGUAGCCAAUUUUUAUAAAAUAUUUUUGAUUUUGGCAGGUAUUAUCAAUUUCAACUUUUUUUAUAAUCAUGUAAUUGUUAAAAGUAACUCUGAUUUAUAAACUUUAGAGAAUAUUUUCCCACAUUCUACACGGCAUAUAUGUUGGACCAAAUAGACACUAUGUUAAAAUGUUUUUGGGGUCCACAUUAUGUAAAAUUGUAGCUAUGGAUUCAACCAAUUUUUUGUAUGUUUUUAUAAAAUUUUAUAAUUUUAUCUCAUUCUAAUAUGACAUAUAGAUGAGUUCAAUAUGAAUUAGAAUUCUAAUAAAAUGUGUUACACACAACAGAUGCAGAAUUAGAUUAAAAUAGCCAUUUGUUUAUCUUUUACUUGUUUCAAUCAUUAGAUUGUGGCCAUGAAGAAUUUUUAGUUGAAUGUAUCAACCCCAGUACUUACUGUUUAUAAGCCUGGUACUUUUUCUAUCAGUCUCUUUUGCCGAACCACUAAGUUACAGAGACAUAAACACACCAGCACUGGUUGUCAAGCAGUGGUGGUCGGGACUGAAAUAUGAAACUAUGUGAUUUAGAAGCAAGCUUCUUACCAUACAGCCAUGCUAAAAAGCAAGUUUAUUGCAGUAUUCUCCAGGGGAUAAUAUCUCUUACAAACGUGCUGUGUUUAAAAACACAAAAUACACCAAUAUAUUUUGUGUUUGUAAAUACAGCACAAGCAUAAGAGAUAUUGUUUCCAGAUGAAUACCAUGACAAAUUCCGUUUUACACAAGUGUCUUUUACUUUACAAGUUUUUAUUAAGUCCAUUCAAAUACAGCAAAUGUAAAAUUUGAUAUCCAAUUUUUAUCAUAUAGCUGCAAUAAGUCAGAUGAUUUUUAUUUCAUUUCUAAAAAUAGUUUAAUGUCAUUUUUCAAAUUCCGUCCAAUGUUGUAAAUUCAUCUUCAACUUAACCUGUGUCAUUUGUGUGGUGUAGAGCCGAAAACAUCCAUGUAUUCUGCUUGCUGUUCUUGCAAAAAAAUUCACAAACUGCCAGUAAUUUAAAACUUGCUUUCUAAUAUGAUUCACAAUAUAUUUUACCAUGUCUACAUAAAGCUUUAAAUUUUUUUCACAUUGGGAUUCUUGAUGUUUAAAUGUAAUACUAGAGAAUUAUUUUAUGUUCAGCACUCAAUUCAUUACCCUUAUCUUGGAUUCUUUACAAUAGCCCUUUAUAUUUUCUGGUAAGUCUUGGGAGUGGGUGGGUGGCCUAUCUGUUACAUUUAUCAGUUUUUACCAUUUUAAGCCCAACUUUUUUACUUACUGUUCAACUCCUCCAAGAAAAUCUCUUUUUAUUGUGCCUUACUUUGUUUGUUUUGCUGCUAUCUUUUCCAUCUGUUCAUAAAACGUUCAUUAUGCCACAAAUGAAAUUAUUAUGCUGUAUCUCUGACAUCAUAACUCUCAUCAUGUUCCACUAAAAUAAAAAAAAACAACAAAAAUAAAUUUUUGGAUAUUAUUUUUUAACUGUGACUGAAUGUUUCAUGCAAUAUCUUCCUUCCAUCUAACAGUAAUAUGGUGAGAUGAGCUUAAAUUCUUAUACUGGUCUAUCUUUUCUGGGUUCAUGACAGCUGCAGAAUCAGUCAUGCAAUUUGUAAUAAAUUCUUCUGGAAAAGAUUUAUUAUGCCAGCCGGGCCUGUCCUGAACUUCAGUGUUCCAGGCUUUGGGAUCGAUUCCAGUCAGUUUUAGGCUUUGCUUCAGCUGGUUCUUGUAUUGCUGGAGGGGACAGCCAUGGAGUAUUCCUCCAGUGGAAAGUUCACCAUAUAAAAUUUGAUGAGGCAGCCUGGUCUUUUUCAUUCUUGCUACGUGGCCAACUCAUCUCAGACAAUGUUUCAGGAUGAUGGCCUCAAUGCUGCUGCUUUUUGUUCUCUCCAAAAUAGAGACAUCGGUCACAUUGUCAUUCCAUUUAAUGUUCAUAGUAGAGUGGAGCUUUUGUUGAUGAAAUCGCUCUAGUUAAAGAGUCCAGAUUUCACAACCGUAGAGGAGAGUGGAGAUCACAAUCGCUUGAUAGACACUCAGUUUUAUUAGGUGGUGUACAUCUCUAUUCUUAAAGACCCUUUUCACGAGUCCACCAAACAUGGUAUUAACUGCUCAGUGUUCCCAAAUAGGCCUGCCUAAUUGCAGAUGUAAAGACUGAGUCCCUGGGUUGUCACCAGGUCCCAAGAAGGCGAACAUCUUGCAUCUGCCACCAACAUGCAGGUCUGGACUAAAAACUUCUAGUUUCACCAAACCUGCUCUCAUCAUUCUUACCCCAUCACCAUUGGGAUUAUAUAGGGG